GUUACUACGUGUGGGGGGAGUCCUAUGGCCUGCACCAACUGGGGACACCUGCCGACUUGAGCCCGGCCACAGGCAAGAGCAGUGUGGUUGAUGGGAUAACGGACCUGUACAAGCACCCUGACGACAUCGACGUCUGGCUGGGCGGCUCAGCUGAAAACUUCCUCCCCAGGGCCUGAACCGGUUCCCUGUUCUCCUGUAUCACGGGGAAGCAGAUGAAGGCCCUGAGGGAUGGUGACGGGUUCUGGUGGGAAGACAGCCACAUCUUCACUGAGGCUCAGCGGCGUGAACUACAGAAGCCUUCCUUAUCUUUAGUCAUCUGUGACAACACCAGCCUCACCCACGUGCCCAUCGACGCAGUCCACAUGGCGAGAUUCCCCCAAGACUUGGAGGCAUGUGAGAACAUUCCCUGCAUGAACCUGGCAGUGUGGAGGGAGACCUUUCCUCAAGAUAACAAGUGUGGCCUCCCAGACAGAGUGGAGAACGGGGACUUUGUGCACUGCAAGGAAUCCAGGAGGCAUGUGCCGGUGUUCUCCUGCGGCCAACAGAUAGAACUGCACAGACGAGAACAAGCCACCUGCACCCAGAAAGAAUGGGACGUCCCACCCCCCACUUGCAAAGGUUCCUCCCCGGGCAGCGCCUGCUGUCUUGCAGGGAGGCUCUUCGGCCGGGUCUGGUGGGUGCUGCGUGCGGGCCGCGGCCGGUCCAGCGUCAGCUGCAGAGGCCUCAGGUGCACGAGGUGGGCGGGGAGGAUGCGGAGCAUCGUGGUCGGAGGGGACUCGCUGGAGCCGGGUCCUGAGAGGAGCAGGCCACCACCACCUCAGGGGGCUGUGGGGGACAGUGGCGGCCGUGACACGGAGGUGGCACCCGCGCUCUGCUUGGGCACGUGGACCUCUGCCUGGAGCGGCUGCCGCGGGAUGGGGAGCGCGGCUCCCUGGCCUCGCUUGCAGGUGUCAACGAGGGCAGAGAGCCCGCGCGUCCUGCCACUCCUCCGCGACGUGCAGGGACAGCAGGGCGGCUUUCACUGCGUCUGCAGUGACCCGCAGGAGCUGGGAGAGGACGGGGAAGAACGGGCUCCGGGUGGCCAGCACGUCUCCGUCCUGAUGGGGAGGGCAGAGGUCCGACUGCAGGGCCGUGGAGCUGUGUGUGCCACUGCCCCGAUGCUGGCUCAUGCCACCUUGCCUGGCUCUGCUGCUGGGUGGGAACCUGAUGGUGACUUUCCAGAGGACGUGCACAAGGGCCCCUAUAAGGUGGGCAGGCCUGCAAUUAUGGCUCCCCUGGCCAGGCAGGCCUACCGCAAGUACUCCCUAACCUGGGAUGGCCUGCUCCUAGGGAAGCCUCGGCCCUGCCUAGCCUUCGCCCAGAAAUUCCCUAGCCUGGCCUGGGCUGUCAUGAGGACACUGCUGGCCUGGCCCAGCCUGGCUCAGAGCCGAGGACCCCCUGACAUGUCCUGGGCUGUCACAAGGGACCUGAUGCCCUUUCCUGGCCUGUAA